AGUGAGAUGGAGCCGUUGACGGAUCGCACACGUCUACAGCGCGGAGCAUCCGAGCGUGUUUCGGGCGCGUUUGCGUGACUUUCCCGCUUUUUCUGAGUGCAAUGUGACAUUCACUUUGUGGUUAUAAUAAAGUGAAUGUCUACAAAUAUGUAAAAUGUGAUGCAAAGUGAAAACAGUUAACGAAACAAUUAUGUAAAGUGAUAUAGUGAUGAGGAAGUGAACGUGUUUCCCCCGGCGUCAGUGGAUCGCUGAAACAAGUGACGCUGAAACAUGAAGUGAUCUUCGUCUAGUCAAAAUUAAACAUGAAAAUGCAAGUGGAGAAUAGUGUUAAUUACAGUAGUAGUAGUACAUGUGGCAUGCAGAAGUCACGGUCGUCGAGUAGCGUGGUGCAAAGUGUCAGCAAGCGGCUGUGGCGGACACGGAGCCGGUCGUCCAGCCGAGUCUCCGCCACGUGGACGCCUCAGGGCAGCUGUUGCUGGGCAGACGGCAGCGGGCGAUGCGUGCGCUUAACAGACACCUCGAUCCUGACCCUCAGCGAGGUGGAGCGUCGCGCGCUGCAGCAAGCGGCCUUGGCCCGCCUACAGCAGAUCAACCUUGGCACCGCUAUCAAGAUACCUGAAGAGAAUGCAGCAGCGGCAGUGACAACAAAGCCAAAGAGAAGAGCGUAUCUACUGAAGAGGAAGGCGUUGACGACCGGCUUCUUUGAUCAGAGUAGAGCCAAAGAUGGUGAAAAGGAUAAAGACUCAACUGGCAGCGUGUUUGGCGUACCGCUAACACAAUGCGUGGAGAUGGAAAAGGCGCUGCGGCGGCAACAACACGGGGGCUCCCGGGUGUCACUCGCCUCACUCAGUGCCUUGGAGAAAGGGGACGACAGCGAGUCCUGUGAUUCGGGAGAGUGGGGCUGGUCUGGCCUUGACGAAUCAGGAGGCGGCGGGCCCAAGGUUCCAGGAUUGGUUUCCGCUUGCCUCUCACAUUUGCGGCGCCACGGGCUGCACACACUUGGCUUGUUCAGGGUCUCUGCUUCGAAGAAGAGAGUUCGACAGCUUCGAGAAGAAUGGGAGAGAGCGCAAGAAGCAGCCUUAGACUCCGCGGUGUGUCCGCACGACGUGGCCACAUUACUUAAGGAAUUUUUAAGAGAUCUCCCUGACCCAUUACUCUGUAGAGAAUUAUAUCCUGCCUUUUUACAGACACAAAAGGUGCGCAACCGGCGGCUGCAGUGGGAGGCGCUGCGGCUGCUGGUGCAGCUGCUGCCGGCGGCGCACCGCGACACGCUGAGCGCGCUGCUCGCCUUCCUGGCGCAGCUCGCCGCGCACGCGAACGACGACGCGCGCCCUGGCAACAAGAUGGACGCCGCCAACCUCGCCACCGUCUUCGCGCCUAACAUCCUGCACCGCAACAAGCCCAACGAGGCCGCCAGUGCGGAGCAGUUGUCAGAGCGCGCGGACGUGAUCAACGUGGUGCGGCAGCUGGUGGAGCGGCAGGGCGAGCUGUGGGCGCUGCCCGCGGAGCUGCUGCACGAGGCCUACAUACACCUCGCGCAUAGCGCGCCCGCCCUGCUGGACUCGCUGCUGCGCGCCCGCGCUGAGAGCGCGGCGGCGGAGAGCGGUGCGGGAGGGGGUGCGGCGGGCGCGGGUGCGGGCGGGGAGGCGGGCGCGGGCGCGGAGGGCGCGGCGCGGCGCGUGUGGUCGCGCGAGCAGUUCCUGCACGGCGCCGCCGCCACCGCCGCCGCCGCUGACCACAACGAGAAGUCGUAUUCGAGAAGCCGAAGAUCAAGAGACGCAACGUCUGACACUUCCUCAGGAUCACUGUCCUCCGCUAUGACUAUCAUCACCAGAGUGCGAAGUAGCGAGGAGUGCGCGAGCAGCGGCGUGCUGUGCUCGGGCAGCGCGGCGCGCACCGACUCGGCCGCCGACUCCAACGACUCCGCCAGCGACUACAACGAGACGGGUGGCGCGUCGGAAGACGAGUGCGUGAUUACCGCGUCGCUGCACAUCCCGCUGGCGCGGGCGCGGCGACGCUCGGCUUCGGGCUCGUCGUCGUCCGCCAAGCGUGAUUCGGCCGUCGGCUCGUCCUCGGCCUCUGCUUCGGCGUCAGCCUCGGCCUCAGGCGCGUCCUCGCCGCCCGCCUCGCCUCCACCGCGCGCUGAUAUCGACCGCCUCGGAGCGCUCGCACGAGAGCGCAAUACGUCUGACGCGCGCGCCGUUGUAGUCCGGCAACACGACGAGAGCGCGAGCCGCAGCCGAGUCGCCGCGCGUCGCGAAGUUACGCGCGAAGCGACUCGCGAGGCGGCGCGCGAGGCGAUCCGCGUGGCGAGCCGCACCGAGGAGCGGCGCGAGACCACGCUGUACAAGCGCGGCGAGCUCAUCUCCAGCGCACGCUCCCCGCCCGCGUGACGCACACUUCGCUUAAAUCUUUUUAUACAUAAACCUAUUUAUCGUACAUAUGUAUUUUUUAUUAUUCUUGUAAUACAGUAUUUUAAGUG